CUAGGACCUUUCUUGUCACUUUUGGUCUGUUUUUAAUUCCUAAUAUUUUGUGUCUGUGAUUUGAUCUGUCAUAUAGAGCUUUUCACUAGAUAAGAAGACAGGGAAGAAAUGUUUUAUGGUAGCAGCAAGGGAACUCGGUAUUGCUUGGGGUAAUACACCACAGUAUUGGGAAUGGUUAUCUCACCCGGACUCCAGAUUCUCAGAAGUGGCUACACUCAAGUGGGUCUGUUGGCUUGAUAUCCGAGGCAAAAUUGAAACUCAAAUGUUGUCGAAAAGAACCAAAUAUGUUGCUUAUCUAGUGUUCAAAUUGGAAGAUAGAUACCAUGGCCUUGGAAAUGCUAAUGCAGUUGUUAGAUUUGUUGAUUCUGAGACUGACAAUGAAGCGGAGCAACGAGCUAGUGUUGUGCGUUUAUCAGGACGAGGACCUAGAGCGACGCUGCCCUUGAGAAGAGAUGAUGGAUGGAUGGAAAUAGAACUGGGAAACUUUUUCAACGAUACAGCAGAAGACGGAGUUGUUGAUGCGCGAUUAAUGGAGAUUAGGCAUCUUGGUGGAAAAAGUGGCCUCAUUGUUCAAGGAAUGGAGUUUCGUCCAGAAUGAAGAAGAGAAGAAUCCUUACUAUGCCUUUUGUGAUACUAUUUAUUUAUGGUGCUAUGUGGAUAAUACUUGCGCUCGCAGUAUGCUGACAACCGGCAUAAAAUGAGCCAAUUUAGAGUAAAUUUCACCCGGCGGUUAUCCAAUUUUGGGUUUCUCUGUUAUGAAUGUGCCGCAGCCCACACUAACAACUAUUGGGCCAUGAAGUAAUAGGGUCAAAAGGCUUUCACAAAGGUUGAUUUGGGAUUCAGGCCCAUUUAGCAACUACUCGUUAAAAGGAGGAUGAAGAGUUAGAAUAGCAAUUAUGCGAAAAUUGUUUAGUCUAAACUUAAAAGUCUGUUUCUCCUCAUCUCCAUUCUCAUUAUCUCUAAUUCUCAUCUCC